AUGUAUCUGAAAAUACUAGCUGUGACUGUUUUCUGGACAGGUGUUAUAUCCGGCGAGGAUUUGCAGCACUAUUGUAAUCCCGUGAUAAAUAUCCUGAGAGAAAAUGAUCGAGGUUCCGAAAGUGUACAUGUCUCUACAGAAUUUCAGUCAGAGCAAGUAUGGCAGAUGUUUACUAAUGUAUCUAGAACACUACUGGACGAGUAUGAACUGAGAUUUGUUGCUUUCUUGAAUACACUAGACGUAACUUCAAGACCGAUCGAUUGCCAGGAUAUUAAAGCGUUGGGGCAUCGAAGGUCAGGAGUUUAUUACAUUUACCCGAAAAACACGAGAGGAUUUUCCGUUAGGUGCGACAUGGACACAGCAAACGGUGGAUGGACUCUUAUUCAGCGAAGAAUAUUGAACAGCGACUUUUAUAAGACCUGGGACGACUAUCAGUUUGGAUUCGGCAAUCUGAGUGAAAAUUUUUGGAUUGGUAAUCAACAGAUUCAUUUAAUUUCUACACAGGGCUGGUAUGAACUGCGAGUUGAUAUGACAAGCAUGGACAAUGAAACAGCAUAUGCAGAGUAUAAGCUUUUCUCUGUCGGAGAUGUUGAUUCAUUAUAUAAACUUACUGUAGCAGGCUAUAGUGGUACUGCCGGGGACAGCCUUACUGUACACAAUAACAGAAAAUUUUCUACAAAAGAUCGAGAUUAUGAUACCUCUAGUGGUAAUUGCGCUCGGAUGUAUUCUGGGGCCUGGUGGUAUGCAGAUUGUCAUGCUUCAAAUUUGAAUGGUGACUAUGGCAACAAAGCCUACGCAAAAGGCCCGGUAUGGCACACAUGGAAAGGACUUUAUUCGCCUUUGAAGACAACAGAAAUGAAGAUUCGUCGCUGGCAACAAAGCGAAACACUAGUUUCUGUAGACCCAUAA